UUCGAGGCUGGCAAAAGGCUGUUGGAAUAAGGAGCUUCUCCACGCACGUGGCGAGCAGCCCCUCAAUAGCGCAUAUGAGAUGAAAACGAGGGGCGCAGUGAGACAUCGCUCCUGCUCCAUCGCCGCCUCCUCCUCAAGCCCGUACCAGCGGGGCUACCGCUCGCCCCGGGCAGGCAGCAGCAGCGAGGGCGGCUGCAGACGGCAUAGAAGUGUUAUGGCGCCACCUGGCGGACGCACCGCGUGCCCCUGCGCUUCCCGCCGCGCUGGGCCGGGCCCGGCUGGGGAGAGCAAUGGCGCCGCGGGGUGGCCGCCCCGUUGCCACAAGCAGAGCGCGUCCUGCUUGCGUCGUCCUGGCACCCACCGCGGCCGGCCUACGUUAUAAUCGCGGCUAUAAAGGCAGCGGCGCCGUGGCGCCGCCCACAGCCGUGAGCCCCGGCGGGAGGCGUCAGCUCCUCCCGUGCUACCAUCGGAGGGCUCCCGGGUGGACGGGACGAGACAGGACAACGAGACCGCAGCAGCCCGUCCCGGUCACGGGCCCACCCGUGAGAGAGCUGCCCACGAGCAUGGCUGGCAGCUUGAAGAAGCUUGUCAAAGCCGAGAGCUGCCGGCUAAUGCAAGAGAAAUUAGAGAGCUGGUCUAAGGACUAUGAGAUCAAUUCCUGUGAUCAAAAUCUGAACCAGUGCUGUGAAUUAAUAGAAAUGACAUCUAUGAUUCAAGGGCAGCUCUUCACAAUCCUCAAUGAGACAUCUCAAGAUGGUGGGCAUUAUGCAGGUGUAGAGACAAUAAAAACUCGUCUCCUGCCGUGGUUAGGGACUUGGUUUUCCCAUGCUACUUCAGGAAGGCUUUUUGAAACUAGCCUCUCCUUGAAUCAGGAUUCAAUUGAGAAAGAGAGACAACUGAGGCAGACUUUUCAGCUGCAGGAGCUGCAGGAAGAGCUGACAUCAACUCGUCUGGAGCUUGACCAUGUGCAACAAGAUCUGGCACAAACCCAGUUGGCUCUUGAAGACACAAAGACCAAAUCAGCCACUACUCUUUUGACAGCAGCAGAUGAAAUUAUUCAGCUAAGAGCAGUUCUGAAGGCUUCCCGUGCCCGGGAGGAGGACUCUCUGAGGAGGUUAGAUCAUCUGAAUGACUGUGAGCAGCAGAUUGAAAUGUUGCGGGAUGAGCUUUCUAUCCUGGAUGCCCAGAAGUCUGUUUUGCAGAGCAGGAUUGCAAGGAGCCGCUCUCCUUCCCCGAGGCGCAUGAGGAGCAGGUCACCUAGUCCUCUUCCCCUGAGGAGCUGCUCACCUGGCCGAGCCAGGAGCACAAAUGCUUCACGGCACGCCUUCCUGGUUGCUCGCUUUGGGGACAUUUAUUCUAAAGAUCGCUUUGAUGCAGAGAGAAUUUUGAGGAUGUACAUCAAUGAUAUGGAGGUGGUGCAGAGGAUAAUAUACACAGCAGCAGUGGAGUCUUUCCAAGCAGCAAAGAUGGCCUACAGGCAGUUCAAAAUGCGUGUAAGAAAGACACUGUCUAUAGGGCACUCAGGGCCCGAGUCACUUGAAGACACUGUUAUGGAUUAUAUAGUUCGCCAUGAGGAUCUGUAUGAUGUUCAAGCCAGCGUCAAUGAAGUAAUUCGCUCCAUGAGCAUCAACCCAAAGAUUUCAUGCACACCAGAAUUUGAUUUUGCUGUCAUCAGCAGUUUUAUUCGAGAGCUAUGCCGUGUGGCUUUUUCAAUGCAGACACUCACACCUCCUCUUGAUAUUGCCUUUGGUAUGGAUGGUGAGCUCUUCAGUGAGACCAAGUAUCAUCGUAGUGUUGACUCAGAUUAUACAGCUGCCUUGGUGGCCUAUCAUGUGUGGCCUGCUCUAAUGGAAAAUGAUGUUGUGAUUGUGAAGGGAGAAGCAGUCACAAAAAGAGGAGCUCUGUGGUCUCACAGGAGCAGAAGUAGAAGUCGGAAUCGCAGCCGUAGCGUGAGUCCUCUUCUGUCUCAUUUAUCUCGAAGCCGUAGUCCUUCACCACGGAGAAGUGGAAGUCCAAGUAGGGCAUUAAGAUAGCUGGAUAAGUUCCUGUGAUUCUGUACAUCUGCAUCCAUCAACAUUGCUUGUGCCUUUUCCUCUUCAAGGAAUACCUCAAAUGUCGCAAUAAUGUGAAUGGCUGUGAACUCAAAAAGGACUGUAUUAUGUUGCUUUUUUUUUUUCAAUGUGUUUUUAUAACUUUAGAAGUCUUAUUUAUGACCUAUUAUGACACUAAUUCAACCCUUCCAAUUAAGAAAAAAAAGUGCCAUAUAUGUUAUAUCAAUUUGGCAAAGGUUACAGAGCACUGAGGUACCCUUGUUGUAAUUAUGGAUGGAGAUAGAUGCAAUAAUUGUAGAAUGGUUUCCCUAGAUACCAAAUAUUUCAUUUUAUCUUGAUAGAAUCUUUAGCAUAACUUAGAUGGUGAAUGUUACAGAAUGUUGUUAGUUGUUACUUGAAAACGAUUUAAUUAGCUGGUGCUUAUUUACAAUUUUAGAAAAUGAGAUGUGAAAUUCUCAGACACAUCCUUUUAAAUAUCUUCUUUGUCACACGGACGACUGGGGUCUUGAGUUUUUACAUAGAAAUAUAAGAUUCGUCAUAGUAAUUCUGAUACAUAAUUCACCAAGUUCACUGUUUCAUUCCAGUCAAUAUUUAAGUCUACAGCUUUCCCUAGAUUUAUUUCUGUGGUUUUGGGCAUGUAAACAAUUAGAAGGGAAAAAAAAAAAAUCCUUUAUUUCUGCCUCCUGUUGCAAUAGCCUGUGCACUGGAACAUGACAGUUCAUUGCUGUUCUUGUAAUAGCAUGAACAAAAAUAUUUUAAAUGAUUCUGAAAUUAUUUUGUACUUAAAAUUAUGUUACAUGAACAAAUUCUGUGAUUUCUUUCCAGAGAUCUUGUACAGAUUCAUAUAUCCACACCCCUUCUCACUGCUUCUUGUGUGGUUUAAGACCUUGGCACUAAACUCUUUGGCACAGAUUUCAGGCAGCCUUUAGCAUUGGUCCGCAUGAGUUAUGAAUCAGCUGUACUCUUGUUCAACAAAUACAUUUUCAUUGGAAUUAGGCCUGUUAGGAGCCAAUGGGAGCAGAAUGAAGUCUCAUACAUAAAAGACCAUUCACAGAGUUUCCCCGAAUGAAUGAAGAAGACACAAGUGAGAGGUGUGUGGAUUUUAUGUGUUUUGCUUUAUCUGAGAAAAUCAAGAGAAAAUGCAAAGUGAUAUGAGUCCUCUUCUGAGAGCCAUUGUGGAUCUGGGCUUGAGGCAAACCUGCAUAUUUCUGCACUGAUCUCAUGAUUCAAACCACCACAGCUGUGGAAAAAACUGAGCACCUGCAGAUUGUGUGGCAACAGGAUAAUUAGGUAUCCCAAGUAUGAUUUUGAGCAACAAAAUGAAGAAUUUCUCAAAACCUUUUUAUUAGCAAUGGCUAAAGAAAUGCAAGGUUUUUUUUUUGUUUGUUUUUAAAUAAGAAAGUGUAUUUUUUUCAUUAGCAUAUGUUAUUUUGAAUUGAGGUAAGUUUCUCUUCCAACUGUGAGAAAAUUAAGAUGACAUCAAGAACAUGUUUCUUUCUGACAAGCAUGAGAGGCAGCAUAGUUCCAGACUUGCACAAACCUAUGAUCACAGUAGGGACAAGUAUUCCCAAAGACCUGAAAAAGGCUGUAAAAGUGAGAUUGACACUGCUUGGCGGCCAACCUCAUCUUGUUCCACAUGUAUGGGGAUGAGCUAGUAAUCUCAAAAAAGAAAAAAAGAAAACAACGAACAACCUAGUGAAAUAGCAGCUGAUGAGCUGUUGGAGAAAGUAGCUCUAGCUCUUAUAUGCUUUUUUUUCAGAGCAAGCAAUUCUUAGCAAAAUAGAAAGUCAGUCUGCUGCACGGCAGCACUUUAUUACAAGCAAUCAUUACUGUACUGAAUUGCACUCAGUAGCCUGGAUGUUCCUAUAAAGAGACAACAGUACUUAUUGCCUGCACAGCUUAUUUACAGACAAUUAAACCCAUAGGUCAGUCAGGAUUGCUUUUCGUGUCAGGUUAGACGUGAAUAGCUCCUGUGCUUCUUCUUAUACACAUGACAACAGUGCAGAGAAUGCAUAACAAUAAAACUUAUGUCGAAUUAACCAUUAAAUAUGAAAGAGCAUGUAAAAAAGGACUGCUGUAAAAGCUUGUAAGACCCUAUGAAAGAAUGGAUUAUCAAUAUCAAGUUAUUUGGUAAUUUAAUAAGAGCUUUAAAAAUCAUAAGAAUUUUUUUUUUCUUUUCUCUCAUCUGCAAGCCUGAGUAAUGCUACACUCAUAAAUAGAGCGAAGUAGGAACAAUACUAUUAGGAUGGAUUUUAAUAGGUGGCCAAUUAAAAAAGUUGUGUAUAUGAGAAAAAAUUGUCAUCCUGUAACAGUGCCAUUGGAAAUACUGUUCUUCAUCUUUAUGUAACCUUUAUCAGUCACUUUUGAUGAGUGAACUAUAUAGUGAUUUUCUUACUGCAGCAUUAAGUAGUCUAGCAUUAUAUUAAAGCAUUGAAAAUUGGUUUGUUAUGGCUUGGAGCUCUAAUGGUGUGUGCCAGACUGAACAUUUUUAGUUUUAGGACUAUACUGUAUUUCUUUCAGUCAUGAAGCGUACUGAUCACUUAUACUAAAAAAAGUUUGCUUUAUGGUUGAAAGGUUGGAAACAGUUUUCUGAUUGCUUCAAGUAAGCAAUGCUAUCAGGCUUGUGCUGAUCUGCAGGUGUGUUGUCUACAUGGAAGCUGUUGCACUCAAUAGGCUGAGCACAAACAGAGCCCACCAUGCUUCUUUACUUUUAGAAGAUGAAAGCACGACACAAGUGAAGUGAGUGAUGUACUUAAUUUUCAAUGGCUUUGAGAAUACAGCUGUAUUCUCUAACACAUGUAUACAGUGCAGAAAGACAAUUCUCAAAGAAAUGUUAAGUAUUUGAAAAUGAGAAUUUGAAAGUUCAGUCUUUCUGAUUAGGGGAAUAUACUCAAUCACAUAUAGCAGAUGUAACUCUUACCUUUGUAAACUGCUUUCAGGACCUUCAGUGAAAGUCUGCCUCUGUGUUGAUGGUACAUGCACACACACAACAGCAUGGACAAGACUAACACUUAUUAUUUGGAAGAAUCACCCUCUGUUCACAGAAACCUUUUUGCCCUAUGACCUCUCAUACUGUUUGUAUCCUUUAUGGCUGACUCAGUUGACAAAAGAUUAGUGUGAUGAUUUCUACAGGUAACUAUAAUUUGGGCAGGAAUCUACCUAACUAUAAUCAGGUGCAGAUAGAGCUGGACCAGCCUUUUAUAUAAAAAUGCAAUGCAUAUUUUCAUUUCCAGUCUAUCUGUGUAUGGUGUAUUGCUUGACCUAAAAAGCGUGUGGUUUAAAUGAAGUACUUUCUAAAGUUCGUCAGCCAUUAAAGCAAUGAAUUGUGUAUGAAACUUUAAAUGUCAGCAUUUUGAGUUGAUUAAUAGCAGUUAGUACCAUAUGUUUUUCUCACUCAGACUGAAAUUUCAAAAUUUCAAGGAUGACUAACUGCAAUCAAAAUAACGUUUCGACUUCAGUUAUUCUGAAUAAACAGUGUGUUUUAAACUGGUAGCUCGAAACUGUAUUGUUAAUUAGUUAGUAUGAAGAACUAA